AUGGUUACUGAAAUUAGUCAUCAAACUUGUAAUGAGCAUGGGGAGCCUAUAGGGCCCAGAGACCUGUUAGCCCUUAUCAAGAAUGAGUUUGAACCCAGGCACAGCUACCUGUAUUAUGAAAGGACAAGUCAGGCAGUGCCACUGGCUCUACACCCAACUCUCCCUCUGUAUCCAGCCGUACCACCAAUCUAUACCCGAAUUUCCCUCUGUAUCGAACACAGUACCACCAGCUCAACACCCAACACUCCCACUGUAUCCAGCAGUACAACCUGCUGUCCACCCAACACUCCCCCUGUAUCAACCAGUACCACUGCUCACCUCCUGACUCACCCUAUAUAUCCAGCAGUACCACCUGCUCUAUACCCAACUCUCUCUGUAUCCAACACUACCACCUCCUCUACACCCAACUCUCCAUCUGUAUCCAGCAGUAUCACCCGUUCUACAGCCAACUCUCCCUCUAGAUCCAGCAGUACCACCAGCACUACACCAGACUACUAUCCCUCUGUAACCAGCAGUACCACCAGCUCUACACCAAACUCUCCCUUAGUAUCCAGCAGUACAACCUCCUUUACACCUAGCUCUCCCUCUACAUCCAGCAGUGUCACCUGCUCUAUACCCAGCUGUCAAUCUGUGUCCAGCAGUACCAUCUGCUGUACAUCCCAGUCUCAUUCUGUAUCUAGCAGAAACAGCAGCUGUACACCCAACUCUCCCUCUGCAUCCAGCAGUAUUAUGGGGUCUACACCCAACUGUCCCACAGUAUCCAGCAGUACCACCGGCUCUAUAUCCAACUCUACCUCUCUAUCCAACAGUACCACAUGCUCUACACCCAACUGUCAAUCUGUGUCCAGCAGCACCACCUGCUCUUCACCCGACUAUUCCUCAGUAUCCAGCAGUACCAUCUCCUCUACUCCUAACUCUCCCUCUAUGUCCAGCAGUACAUCCACUCUACAACCCACUAGCACUCUGUAUCCAGCAGUAUCACCUGUUUUCCACCCAACUUUCCCUCUAUAUCCAGCAGUACCACCAGCUUAA